UUGUGCAAAGCGUCCUAAGCGCAUGUCACAUCCGGUCUGAACAGCCGGCAGGAUUGAAGGAAGAAUUUGGAGUAUCCCCUUACUUGUGUCGUUUAUUUUUAAACACUUUUGACUUGAGUUUAUUCGUGCAGACACAAUGACUUUCGAUGUGCGGAGGUUUGAUGUCUACAGGAAAGUGCCCAAAGAUCUUACCCAGCCCACGUAUACUGGAGCUUUCAUUUCGAUAUGCUGCUGUGUCUUCAUGUUGUUCCUCUUUCUCUCAGAACUGACGGGAUUCAUCGCUACAGAAAUAGUAAACGAACUGUAUGUGGAUGACCCCGAUAAGGACAGUGGGGGGAAGAUAGAUGUGAGUUUAAACAUCAGUUUGCCAAACUUACACUGUGAUUUGGUGGGUUUGGACAUCCAGGAUGAGAUGGGGCGACAUGAAGUGGGCCACAUAGAGAAUUCAAUGAAAGUGCCUCUGAACAAUGGUCACGGGUGCCGCUUUGAAGGGGAGUUCAGUAUUAAUAAAGUUCCAGGAAACUUUCAUGUGUCAACACACAGUGCGACUGCUCAGCCUCAGAGCCCUGAUAUGACCCACAUCAUCCACAAACUCGCCUUUGGGGAGAAGCUUCAGGUGCAGCAUGUCCAGGGGGCUUUUAAUGCAUUGGGUGGAGCCAACAGACUUCAGUCCAAUGCUUUAGCAUCUCACGAUUACAUUCUCAAGAUCGUCCCUACAGUUUAUGAGGACCUGGGAGGGAAGCAGAGAUUUUCCUACCAGUACACCGUGGCAAACAAGGAGUAUGUGGCAUAUAGCCAUACGGGACGCAUCAUCCCGGCGAUAUGGUUUCGCUAUGACCUGAGUCCAAUCACAGUGAAAUACACAGAGAGGAGACAGCCGUUCUACCGCUUUAUCACUACUAUUUGUGCUAUCAUCGGCGGGACGUUCACAGUGGCCGGCAUCAUUGACUCCUGCAUAUUCACGGCCUCUGAAGCCUGGAAGAAAAUCCAGAUUGGGAAAAUGUCAUGAGUACUCAUAUCUACGUACCAUGCCUUUUAUUUAUGCCAGCCAAACCUUUGCACACCAGUCAUUACACCCUGUUUUUAUGUCCCACACUAACUGGAAAACAUUGUCGUGCCAGUUCAAUUCUCUGUGUGCUCAUUUGGAUAGACUGGUUUUCAUCUCUAAACAUUUAAUACAAUGAAUUACAGGGAUUUCAUUUGGGGCAUUUAGGUGGUUUCCUUACUUCGCUGUCAUAUUAAUUCACUCAUAACUUUCAUAGAACUGAUGUGGAAAGAACCUGUCUCGCUCAUUGGAAGGACGCCAGGGUUUCCUUGUUCAAAUACACAUGACUGAGAUGUGUAAGUGUAAGUUACAUACAAGGCAUAGUGUCACUUUGAUUGGUUAUAGUGAAAGAGUUUUAAUAGAAUUCCCCUUAAAGAGAAAUAGUCACUGAAUUGAUUCAAUAUGUACCUUCAUAGGAACUGAGAUUUAACCAAGUCCUGCUUGAUAUGAUGGGGUUAACCUCAUGAAACUGUCAAAGAGAAUGUCUUCUUCGAUUUUUGGGGUCAUAUUGUGCCUCAAAAUGAAAUGACAUUGUAAAAACGUUUUUGCAUUGUGAUUUAUUUAAUAUGUGCAGAUUUAAAUUUUACUGUAUUUUUACAGUAUUGUAUUACACUAAUGGGAAUUAUCAUUGAGAAUUAUGUCCAGAUGCAUUAUGGUAAUGAGAGUUUGGGGUUAAAUGUGUUUAAUUAUGACGAAAUCACAAUGUCACAAUCCAAACAAUUUUAAUGUUUCUAAAAUCAGAUUGAUUUUCAUAUUUGUUUUGAUUUGGGGGUGGACUGUGAGCUGUACGUAUUUCAUGAGAUGAACCUGUAUGUUUUUAAAGAAGUGGAUGCUGGUCUUAUUUGGGUUUAAUUAAGUAAUGCGUAUUUCCAGAUUGUCUUUCUGUUACAUUUUGGUUAUCUUGCACUCUGAUGUCAUUCUGGGUGAAGACCUGUAUUUUAUUUUGAUUGUUUGAUUGAAUGGAAAUCAUGAAUGUCUUCUUUCUUAACUAAAAGACUGUUGAAGGAAUGGUUUUUGUUUAUUUCCGUGUCUCUAAAGGUACUUUGUGCCUUAACCUUUGUGGGUACUUUUAUUUCCUCAGUCCAUAAUGUUUAAUGGUUAACCUUUUAUUGUUUGGAAGAUUAGGCUGGAAACGUGUUGUUUACGUCUUGUCAAGUGUUCCCUCUCAACACUGCUGUAAAGAGGCUGAAUAAUUCCCUGUCAGUGUUUUGACCAUGUUCUAAAAUCUGGUUGCACUGGUUACACAGGACUGUUCCACAUGAAAGCAAGCUACGUGUCAAACGUGUGAUGGGUCGUUGCCACAAGUUGACAUGACAACAGAAGUGUAUUUUCACUACAUUUAAUGAGAACCACAACCUACUUUUCAGCUUUGUGGCUCAAAUUACUUUGAUACAUCAUGAUCUUUUAGAACCUUUAAAGUUAUUAUUUUUUUUUGUCAAACAUUUAAUCAAAGAAAACCAUGAGUUUGAUUAAGUUUCCAUGCUUGUUUCAGCACAUAUAGUUUAGCCCUACUUAAUCAAAUGGACGUCAUCAUCUGGGCUCCACCACUCUAUUCUGUCUUUGUUUACCAUGGUGAGAAUAAACCACAGCAACAGCUGUUUCAUUGUU